CCCCUCCCCUCGCUCCUCUGCUCCCCACAGCUCACCCGCAGCAGCACCAGAGCACACAGAGAGCACGGGAGAGAGCAGAGCGCCACCGGCCGUCCGAUCCUCCGCGCGAAGCAGAUCAGAUGGCUCUCGCUCUCUCCGGCUCUCCCGCGCUCCGCGCCGCGCUGGCCGCGCUGGCCCCCAGGGCCUCGGCCGCCUCUAGGGGCUACGCGGCGUCGGCGGCGUCCGGGGCCAUGCGGCGCGCGGCGGCCGCGGCGGAGGGCGCCGCCGCGGGGGAGGGCAAGGAGGCCGGGCGAGGUGCCGCCGCCGAGAUCUCGUGGGUCCCCGACCCCGUCACGGGCCACUACCGCCCCGGCAACUGGGCGGCCGCCGCCGACCCCGCCGACCUCCGCGCCGCGCACCUCGCCCGCACCUACGCCCGGGCGUGAGCUCCGCCCGCCCGUCCGUCCGGUAUAACAUACCGACAAAGGGGAAGUGGGGGUGGGGAUCCGUCCGGCGUCGUCGCGCCGCGCCGCGCCGCGCGCGCUGUGCUGACGGCGGCGGCGGGCCGGCAGGCAUGGUCGUGGAGCGGGAAGGCCUCUCGCCGUCUCUCGUCUGGUCGCUGUGGAAUGCUCGACGCCGCUGCAUCAUCUCGGCUUCGACCAAUCGGGAGAUACGGUGCGGUGCAACUGUGCAAGGAGGAGCGACCUCUGGGUCGCCGUGGUGUGCGUGCGUGCGUGCGUGGUGUGGGCUGGACGCCCUGUUCUAGCUUCUAGCUACUGCUCUCCUACCAGAUUCAGAUGUACUACUACUACGCUGCAGAGAGCGAGCAGGGUUUUGCCGCUGUUCUACGUUUGUUAGUUGCUAUCAGUUAUCACCAGAAAUAAAAAGCUGCAGUUUCUUCUAA